AUUAAAAUGCAGGACAUACGUUUGCGCGUUGAACAACCCAUAUCGCAUGUGUCUCCGACACAAGGGCGCCGACCUAUACAUUUACUGCCACAAAUAAGCUUGAGUUGCAAUGAAACGCCGUUGGAUGCUCACCUUCAGUGCAGUCAACAUUCAAUGCCACGCUCACCCAGCUCGGAGGAGGAUAAUUCACCAACAGAAAUGAAUAACUGCCGGCGUAUGACGGAUAAACCCCCCUUGGUGAAACGGCUCACAAUGGGUAUGGGUUUAUUGCGCGGCACCGAAGACAGUCGCCCGCUAGUGCACACAGCCUCAUCGUCUCUCAAUUCAGGCUCGUCACAAACCAUUUCCGACGGCUAUGUGAACGAAGCUAUAUGCGAACCAGAGAAAAUGAUAACCAACAAAUUCGGCGAUUCUUGUAGACAAUCAUUGACCGCAUUGCCAACACUUCAAGCGGCCCAUAUCGGCUUACAAGAUCACACUGAAUUUAGCUACAAGAAAAAGUAUCUACGAGAAACGUGUAGUGCCAAUUCCAGCCCAAAGAUGUUUGCUCCUAGCGCGCCGCUACGCCUCGACAAUCUCAGUUUAGCGGAGCAACACGAACUGAAAGGUGCCGCAUGGUUUCAAGCCGGUAUACCCCGUGAGAUCUCACUCGAGGUAUUAUCGCGUCAAAGCCCAGGCGCCUUCUUGGUGCGUCAGAGUAGCACAAAGCCCGGUUGUUUUGCAUUAUCGUUACGCGUGCCACCCCCCGCGCCAAAAGUGGCACACUACCUGAUACUACGUACACCGCGCGGCUACAAAAUCAAGGGUUUCACCAAGGAGUUCACCUCAUUGCGAGCGCUUAUCACACAUCAUUCGGUGAUGCCAGAACUGCUGCCAGUACCUUUGACAUUGCCACGCCCCACAAAUAUAGGCGCAGGAGCACCAGGAAGUCGGCAUGGCUCAAGAGGCAGUGAAUUGGAUGGCUGUGAUGAUUUUGAUACUUAUGGAUCGCUAAAUGAUUUUCGCAAAAUGAUGGCCGACCUGAACGUAUGACUUUGGAGUGGUACAGGGAAUGAGUUGACUGAAAUGAGAGGAGCCCAAACACAGGGCGAUGCAGGGGUAAUAUCAGUAGCAGCAGCAGCCACAGCAACAACAGCAGCAACAGGAGCAUCAGCAGCAACAUCAGCAUCAACAAUAUCGUCAUCAAGAAGUUGACAAGGAUUCGACUGUUUAAAAUUGUUUCGGUGUGAACGAAGUUAUUGAGCAGUGCUGGUCAUAACACAAAUAACGGCAACGGCUGGAAAUGUAGCAGCAGACAAAUGAGACUCAACCUUUAAGCAGCAGUCAAGCAAAUGAGACUUGAUGACAGCGGCGACAAAAACAGCAACCAAAACUUUGGAAAAAACAACUGCAUCAAGGAGCCACCAACACCACUAACCACAGUAAAAACCUAAAACAACAACUGCAGUAAAGUCAAUGGCAGUCAAAGCCCCAAGAGUAAGGGAGUUACUGCGCAAUGAAGCAAACAAACAACAAAAACAAAACCAGCAAUAAAAAAGCAUACCUAAGUAAGGCUAUAAUAGUAGAUUUCACACCAAUGGCAUUGGCAAUGGCCAUGACAGUGAUACGUUACUAGUAACUGGCAUACCUCCUCAAAUAAACAUUUCUGGCAACCUUGCAAACGUGAUAACCACAUUGAAUGGUUAAAAUGCUGUUUUGUUAAUUAACACUGACAAGUGAUACAGAGAGAUGGAUAACAACAAAAUUAACGGAAACUACAGUUUCCAGUAAUCAGCCAACAUGCACCCACAUACGUUUUGUAUAUUUUACUCUGGAAUACUUUGGGGUAUGCAACACUCACUGCUCAGCCUUAGUGACUUGUUGAAGUUCAAGCAGAUGCAUGAGGAUAUUGCAAAUAAAUAGCAAUUUUGCAAUACUGGUACAUACCUUAUCUGCAGCAGUAGUAUGUAUGUAUGAAUGUGGUGAAAGGCUGACUGGCUAUGACUUUAGUGGUUCUUGUUGAUUAAGCUCAGUAAUUUUUUAAUUAGGCAACAAGUUCAUGAGGAGGGUGCGUGCAAAUUUGUGACUAAUGAAAAUCACAGGAAGCCUAGUUAUUUUUGUCCAAUAUGUACUUACAAAAUAGUAAAUGGAAAUGUGCAUAUGUAUGUGUGUGUAAAUACCUAUCACUCAACUGCUGUAAGAGUAUGUAAUUAAAAAAUAAUUGUAAUACGCAGAAAUUACCACCAUCUCUAAUUUUAUGCAGUACAAACAGCCCAUAGCGGCAUCUACUAACAGUGUAUCAUUAAUUAGGUUGGGUUUGUAAGUGACGUCAUCGGUAGUACCCAGGUUCGAAACAUGCGAAAAUAUGAUAUCAAAAUUGUUUUUCUAAUAGCGGUCAGCCCUUCGAGAGGCUAUAGCAAAUCCCUGCGUAUAUUUCAAAAAAUAACCAUCUAGUUAUACUAUUCGGAGGCGGCAUAAAGCUAUAGGUCUCUCCAUUUGCGCAAAAAAAAAUAAAUACGCGCUACACAUCAGAGGAGGAGCUCGGCUACACAUUCAACAAAUGGUGUACCGUUUGCUCGAUUACAAUGAAACAUGCGGAUUUGAAGAAAAUAACUUCCUUUAAUGCAUAAAUGUUAGCCCUGACAUUUUUAUUAUUAUUUUUUUUUUUUUGUUUCGAAGGAGGUUUAAAUCAAAAUGUCAGAAACAUUUCAUAGGCGCCGUAUGUGGGGCACGCUCCCACUAAUAUUAUAACAAUCCUCCCAUCUCGGCUAAUUCUACCCUGAGUCCGCAAAAGUAUAGCAUCUGGGUAGGGCCGCGUUUAUGCCCGAAGACACAACAGGUACUUGCGUCCAGGUUCCUCUGCUGCAGGCAUAUGAAGGCUAUAUGCUGUCUAUAGUCCCAAUUACUCCCACUAUGUUUAUAGGUGAUUCCAAAGUAAAGGAGACAUCGGAAAAGUUGCAGUGGUGUUAUAAUAGCCCACUACCGUCUUGUUCUCUGUACGUUACUGUUGAGUGUUUCACUCAAAAGUCUGUGCUUGUCGUCGGUUCGUCGGAAACUGUCCGCCUUCUCUGCUGCUGCUGCUGUAACUGUGUCUGCAUCGCUCUACGCUCCCAAUCUAUAUGGCGGAGUCGCGUCAUGAUCUUAUCUGCGAACAUUCGGGCUUCCUCCCACUGACUGCUGGUGGCGCACAUAUCUCGUAUGAGGGUGCUGGGGCAUGGUUGACGACCCAGGACUUGUUCGAGAAUAGCGCGAUCCUUUCUGAAGCGAUCGCAAUAAAAAUUACGUGUUCUGCAUUUUCUUCAGUAUUGGGGCAGUUUGGACAGAAAGAGCUGUCUGCCGGCUUAAAACGGUGCAGGUAUUCCCGAAAACAGCCAUAUCCGCUGAGCAACUGCGAAAGGUGAUAGUCGGUGUCUCCAUAAUCACUCAUCAACACGUGGUAUGAGUUUGUAGGUCCAACGCACGCUUUGUCACUGAUCCCACCGCUGCUGCCAGCUAUUCUCAGCAAUCGCUCAGCUGCUUUUGGCACCGUUUUGCACGGGUGCCUUGCCUGUAUGUCAGCCCUGACAUAUAGGGAGCGUGUCAUCUGACAUAAAGACCAAAAUGUGAAAGUCAAUGUACCCUCUAAACCAACCAAGCUAGGGAACUGAAAAUUUACACGAAUGCAUAAAUUGUACGUAACAUACUUAUGAGGAAAAGUGGCAGGUAUUGGAAAAGGGGUAUUGCACCUCACCUCAAAAUAAAAGCUUCAUAUUGCUUUUUUCUAGAAUCGCUUAUGCUAAGGUACUAAAAUUUCAUACAGUUACAUAAAUUUCAAAUGCCAUACUUGAAGCGAAAAGCAUUAGGUAUUGAAAAUUCCGUGGAUUUCCGAUCGAUUUACUUCGCCAUCAAAUCAAGAGACAUAUUUGACAUGAAAUAUAUUAUAUUAUUGUGUUAUGUAAACAAUUUUUAUGAAAUGGCAGUUGAGAACAUAAUAUUUACAUAAAAAACACAUACACCGCACGACAAAAUUAUAAGACCAAAUUGAUCAUAAUCUACUAAAGCAUAAUAGAAAAAUGUCCCAAAAUCGUUUCAUUGAUUGCUUGUUUCAUGCGGUAUUUCAUAGCGGAAGUUAUUCCACUUUAAUUGCUGGUAACGCUGGUAUUUUGUUCUGUGCAAAACGAAAUAAUUAUAAGACCAAGAGCGUUUGCUUUUAACAUAAAAAUUUAUAAUGUAAGUUAUUUUGGCCGCUUUAUCUCGUUCUCAUAUUUAUGAAGUUGUUUUGAUUUAAAAACAAUAAAUAUGCCGCGCCGAAAAGCUUUGUCUGAAUUUGAGGAGAUACAAAUUCUAGCAUGGGGAGAGAGUGGCCUUACAAUACGAGAGAUAGCUUCAAAAUUAAAAAGAUGCAAAAAUGGGGCUUUACAUUACUUCAAUUUGAAAGAAAAGUAGGAUGUACCAAGAAAAGUGGUGGAAAACCAAACUUUACGCUAGAGAUGUUCGGGAAAUCAAACGUUUAGCUAUGAAUAAAUCAAAUAGCCCUGCUGAAAUUAAACACACCCUUAAUUUGGAAGUUAUUACCCCAAGUUCAACAAUUUUUAUAAGCGGAUUCUAGUCAGGCCAGAUUGACAUUUGCAGGAAAGCAGCACUUCUCGGAAGAUUAUUGGAAAAAGUAUUUUUUUUUUCAAUGAAAAAAAUUCAAUCUAGAUGGACCAGAUGAUUCCCAAAUGUAUUUUCACGAUAGACGUAAGAAAACGGAGGAGAGAAUGGCUCCUAAUUUCGGUGGGGAUUCUGUCAUGGUUAGGAUAUGUCAAAGGUAAAACUUCUAUAUGUUUCAUAUCCACAAAAAUGAAUAAUGUCAGAACUUCUAGACGCAAUACCUAUUACUUUUUUUGAAGAUAAUUUCGAUGAGGAGUGGAUUUUCUAGUAAGACAACACAGCCGUUCAUGCUUCCAAAGCAACAAUAGAGUUUUUGGCAACGAAAAAGGGACUAAUUGAGGAAUGGCUUGCCUGCAGCCCUAACCUUAACCCAAUCGGAAAUGUAUACGAAAUACCUUCUCAAAUGGUUUUCAAAAAUGGAGAACAGUUUGAGAGAAAGCUAAAAGCCAUAGAAGUGCGAUUAAUGUCGUAUGGUCAAAAAUUUGUGAAAAUAUUAUAAAAAACUCAAUCAAAUAGAUGCCUCGACGACUUCAGCAAGUUAUAAUCAACAAAGGAUCCAACUACUAAACUUCAAAUUAUAAACUAAACCCAAGAAUUCUCUUUAUUUAUUUUAAA